AUGUUAUCGGCUGCAAAUGGGUAUAUCGGAUUAAGCGCACAUCAGAUUGUAGGAUUGAUCGUCGUAAGUAUCGUUUGGUUGCAAAGGGGGUCUGAUUCUCAUUAUUUUUCUCAAAUGCUAGUGGCUCUCAAGCAACAAUUUUCUAAGACAGAUUUGGGUGAUCUACAUUUUUUUCUUGGUAUUGAGGCACACAGGUCUUCUUCUGGUCUUCAUCUGUCUCAAACCCGAUAUACUCUUGAUAUUCUUGAACGUGUGGAUUUAUUGACUGCGAAACCAGUUUCCACUCCAAUUGUCGUGGGUACAAAAAUGUCAGCUCAUGAUGGUACCUUGUUUCCUGAUGCUACGUUAUAUCGCAGUUUGGAGGGAGCCUUGCAGUUCUUAACAAUGACUAGACCAGAUAUCACUUAUGAUGUCAAUCAAGUUUGUCAGUUUAUGCAUGCUCCGACUGAUAUUCACUUUCUUGCAGUAAAGAGAAUUUUUCGCUAUCUCAAAGGCACGUUAGGUAAAGGAUUGUUUUUUAGACCAUCGUCUAGUUUUCAAGUUUCUGGCAGCUUUUAUGAUACGGUUUACGCGUAUAGUGAUGUUGAUUGGGCUGGUAACCCCGAUAAUCGUCGUUCCACAGCUGGCACGUGUGUUUUUGUUGGUCCAAAUUUAAUCUCUUGGUCUUCAAAGAAACAACCUACAGUUUCUCGUUCAAGUACUGAGGCUGAAUACCGUGCCUUAGCUCUUGCUGCAGCUGAAGUCAUUUGGAUAUUGUAUCUCUUGAAAGAUUUAGGCUUAUAUAUCAAACAACCACCUACUCUAUUUUGUGACAAUAUCAAUGCUACUUACAUGGCUUCCAAUCCUGUCAUGCCUUCUCGUGGUAAACAUAUUGAUAUUGACUAUCAUUUUGUUAGAGAACGUGUUGUUCGUGGAUCUUUAAUUGUUCGUUACAUGCCUACUCAACAUCAACUGGCAGACUUAUUUACUAAAGGUCUUCUCAAGCCAAGAUUUCAUUAUCUAUCAUUCAAGCUUUCAAUUCAGGAUGCUCCACGUUCAGCUUGCGGGGGGGUUCUUGCAUUGAGGAUGAAGAAUCAAUAA